AACAACAAAUAAAUUCCACAACUCCAAUGCUAAACUUCGUUUUCUUUUACUUUUAAUUUUUGUUUUGGAAGUUCCGUAAGACAAUUUUCCGUUAUUAUUUAUAUUUUUUUUUUCACUUUAUGAACGUCGGCGAUGCCUACGCCGGUGGCUAUUGCGAUACAAUGCCUGACGGUGGAGGCCGCAAAGGCGCUCCACGACGCCGUAUCGGUGGCUCGGCGGCGCGGUCACGCCCAGACUACUUCACUGCACGCCGUCUCUGCUAUGCUUUCCCAGCCAUCCUCUACCCUACGCGACGCAUGCACACGCGCCCGAAGCGCCGUCUACUGGACGCGCCUCCAAUACAGAGCCCUCGAACUCUCCCUCAGCGUGUCACUCGACCGUGUGCCGUCAGAUUCUUGCGUCGGCGAUGAUCCUCCUGUGUCGAACUCGCUCAUGGCCGCCAUCAAGCGGUCGCAAGCUGAGCAGCGUCGCAAGCCGGAGAACUUCCACCUCCAGCAGCCUUGUUGCGUUAAGGUGGAUCUUCGGCACCUGAUCCUGUCCAUCCUCGACGACCCCGUCGUGAGUCGCGUCUUCGCUGAAGCGGGUUUUCGGAGCUCUGAGAUCAAACUCGCUAUCCAUCGUCCUCUUACUAGCCUCAUGCACCAACAACUUCCCCUUCGCCGGAGCUUCCCCUUCCCUUUCUCCGGCGAGGACAACGAUGAUCAUCGGAGGAUCGUGGAGGUGCUAUCCCGGAAGAGAGGCAGAAAUCCCUUGCUUCUGGGUGCAUGUGCACGGGAUGCGCUGUGGAGCUUCGCGGAUGCAGUGGAGAGGCAAAACGGCGGCGUUUUACGGGAGUUGUGCAGUUUGCGCGUGAAGCGCAUUGGAAGAGAGGUUAUGGAGUUUGUUAGUGGGAGCUGCGGGGAAGAGGGUGUGCGUUGGAGGUUUGAAGAGAUUGGUGAUAUGGUGGAGCAGCGCGUGGGGAAGGGUAUAGUGGUGGAUGUGGGAGAUUUGGAGGAUUUGGUGAAUGAGAAAAAUGGUUGGGGUGAGAGUGAGGCAGUUAGGUAUGUGGUUGUAGGGCUAGGAAAGUUGUUGGAAGUUAGUUAUGGAAGAUUAUGGCUCAUUGCUGCUGCCACAAAUUAUGAAAGCUUUAUCAAAUUCGUUGGAAGGUUUCCUUCUAUAGAGAAAGAUUGGGACUUGCAGCUUUUGCCAAUUUUCUCUCUUCGCUCUUCGUUUUCUGCUCAAUCAUAUCACACUCGCAGGUGUGAACCCAGUACUCUCGCUGCUUCAACUGUUGAUCUUUGCUUGCCUAACUUACCUCCACGAUUGCACAUUUCAGAAUUAGGAUCAGCAAAAGGAUUAAAUCUUAAGAUAGAAGAUGAUGGUGUCGUGUGGAAUAGUAGUGAAUCUGCUACGCAUAAGAACUUGAACAAGAGGUCGCAGAAUCUGCAUAAAAUAUUCCCUGAUGCUAAUAACAGUCCAACAGUUAUGGCGUUCCAAUAUUGUGACAAUAAAGAAAAAGAUGCUAACAACACCAGCAACAGACUUACACUCACAUCAUCAAGGCAUGAGAAGUAUACUCCAAAAUUUUCACCGAAGUUCCAGAAAGUGGAAUGUUUGGAUUCAAGUGAUCUAGGAUCAUGCAACAUGUACACUUCCAUUGUUUGUGAUUUGGGAUUAGGAAUGUGCUCCUCUCCUUCCAGUAAUAAAUCUAGCAAACCUUCCAGUCAAUUUACAAUUGAACCUCCAAAGGAAAUGUCAAGUUUAUGUUCUUCAGAAGUUAAUGUUGCUGGUGGAAAUAUCUUGAAGCCUCCAUCCCAGUCACCAACCUUAAGUUUUGACUUUUGUAGACAGGUUGAUCCAAGGAAUCCAAAAAUUCUUUACGAUGUCCUUACUAAGGAGGUUAGCUGGCAAGAUGAAGCCAUUAGUGUCAUCAGCAAAACAAUAGCUGGCAGCCAUACAAAAAAGGUUGGUGCAAAUCAUAGGGGUGACGUGUGGAUGAAUUUUGUUGGACCAGAUAGGAAUGGUAAAAAGAAAAUUGCUGUUACUCUAGCUGAGUUCUUGUAUGGAAGCCGGGAUAGAUAUAUUUUUGUGGAUCUAGGUUCUAAAGAAAUGAAAGGAUGCAAUGUGAAAUUCAGAGGAAAGACUACUCUUGAUUUAAUUGUAGGUGAAUAUUUCAAGAACCCCUUCUCUGUGGUCUUUCUCGAAAAUGCAGACGAGGCUGAUGUGUUAGUUCAAAAUGGUUUGUCUCAAGCCAUGAAAACAGGAAAGCUUACUGACUCACGUGGAAGAGAAGUGGGUGUAAACAAUGCAAUAUUUGUGACUUCUUUCACUGGUCACCAAGCAAUGGAACCGUCCAACUCUUCCGAGAGAAUAGCAAAGGUAAAAGGGAGGGCUAUAAAAAUAACAGUUGAACAUGUGAGUGGAGAGAUCAAAAGCCAAAGUGUUAGUGUUUGUGAUGGUUCAAUAGAUAACAUUCCCAAUCCAGUUUUAGCAAAUAAACGAAAUUUCAUUAGCCACAAUGAGUUUCAAGAUCAGCACUUAAUCUCAAACAAGGCUAAAAGAGUACACACAACACCAAAUUUGCAUUUAGAUUUGAAUCUUCCAGCUGAAGAGAAUGAACCUCAAGUUCAACAAAGGAAUGAUGUGAACUUGGAAUAUGCAUCAACUGAGAUCCAAAACCAUUGGUUGCAAGAUUUGUAUAAACUGGUUGAUGAAACGGUUGUUUUCAAACCUUUUAAUUUUGAUGCACUUGCAGAUAGAGUGGUGAAUGUGAUGACAUGUAGCCUUACAGAUAGAAUCUGAAGUCAUGCACCAAUUACUUGCAGCUCCAUGUACCUCAGAUGGAGACAAAGACAUAGAGAAUUAGGCAGAACAAGUUCUCUGUGGGGGAUUUACAGAAGCAAAUAGAAGAUACAACCUUACUUAUUGUUUUACGGUGAAACUUACUGCAUAUUCGCAUCAAGAAUCAAAUGUGUACCUUCCUCCUGGUAUUAUAAUUGAUUAAAUUUCUUAGAAAAUGUUCUUCCAAUUUGGAUUUAUAACUUAGCUGUAGCACAUAAUUGAACUUAAUCUAGCUAAUGCAGAUAUGAUUA